AAAUUCUGGUUGAACGUAACGUUAAAAGCAUCAUUGAUGCUUUUGAACUUAAUAAGGAUCACAGUAAUGAUGAUAAUGUAUCAACAGAAGGAAUAAUGGACCUUACUCCUAAAAGUCAUUUCGUUCAGCAACUUCCUUUUCUUGAAUCGUUAAAUCAAUAUGAUAAAUUAAUCCUGGAUGAAACAACACAAUAUCGUUACCGUGCUAAAAAGAACAAAAUACCGGAUUUACAAGCUCCUAUACGAAUUGUUACAUCAGCUUCCAUAAGGAAAAUGUCGGGUUGUUUAUCAUCAAAUAUUAAUAAUCGGAUUAAACCUAUAAGUAAACCUUUAUCAAGAUAUGAUAUUGCAAGAGAGAAAUUAAGACUUGAAAGUUUUCUUAUGAAAAAGAAUAUGGUCAAAUUAAUGAUAAAAUUAAAGAAUCAAUUGAUGAAUUUAAAGGAUGUCGUAUUUUUAUAUAUAGUCAACCUUGUACUGAAAAAGAAUUUAACGGAAAAAUGGAAAAUUGGAAAUCGAGUUCAAGAUAUAAGAAGAUUUGUGAACUUAAAGUUGAUUUUAAUGAAAUCAAAAAGUGAUGUUAGUUCAGUGUUGACUAAUGAUUUGUUUUUGAAGACUUGGUUGGAUUAA